GCAACAACAGAGCGACCUUUUAUACAGAAGCUAUUUCGACCAAUUGCUUCAGGAGGACAGUUGCAUACUUUGGGAGAUCUGCUAAAAGAUGUGUGUCCUAGUGCUAUCGCCCCUGAAGAUGGAGAGCAGAAGACUCAAGUGAUGAUUCAUGGAAUUGAGCCAAUGCUGGAAACACCCAUACAGUGGCUAAGCGAACAUAUGAGCUAUCCAGAUAAUUUUCUCCACAUUAGUAUCAUUCCCCGACCUACUGAUUGAAACUCAGCUAUAUUGGUAUGAGGAUCAUUCUCAAGCUGGCGUUAAAGGGCAUGUCAACUUCUUGCUUCUGUCAGUCUUGACAGCAGCAGCCUGACCAGAAAAAAAACCCAACAAAAAAACGAAACAAAACAAGAAGUCCUCACUGCUGCAAGCCAAACAGGAAGAGAGAUCCUAUCAUCAGAUAAGGGCAAUUGGGCUGAUCUUAUUUUGCAUCACCGCUGCUUUUCUUCACCGCUGUAAUUAAAUCAGUUGCGAUAUGAAAGAAUUUACAGGACCUCUGCAAGUCUGCUGUUUUCUUGUAAAAUACAAUGAAGCUGAAACUGUCAGCCGAAGAGCAAAUGGAAAUAUGCCACUUGAUUGUAUUUCUGAUUAACAAAUAAACAGGGCUGUUUCCUAAAGCGGUAGUGUUUCAACUUUGAGUGGAAACAUUGGUUUAAUUUUCUAGAAAGUUAGACACUGAGAGAUUCAGUUACCAAUAGCUUUUUGUAAAAGAUCAAAUUACUGUAAACCCAUCUUUCCUUAAUGAGAAGUUCAUGUUUACAGUAUGUGUAUUGGUAUGCAAAUGAUCUUUUAACUUUGAUAAUAAGCAGUGAGAGAUUUUAAAGUAAACCCGUGAGCAUGUUUUGUCAUUUAAAAACAUGCACAACUUAAUAAUUUACAAAUACUUUUGAUUUGUAUGCUGUCACUGAAUACUCCAGUAUGUUUAUUAUUCAAACCAGUUUUCGUAGACUAGCAAUGAUGUAGGAUAAUUUGUCUCAGGAUUUGUCAUGGCGUUUCUUUGUGCUCAUCUAAAUAUUUUUUUUCUGUAAGAAUAUUUUCUUAAUUUAGUUUUAAAAGUUUAAAAAAAAAAAAGUAAACGGAUGUUGCAAA